AUGGCGGCCAGUGCCGCCGGUGGGCUCCCUGGGAAGGGGCAUGAUAUCAGCCUGGCGGCCCUGCAGCGCCACGACCCCUACAUCAGUCGCAUCGUGGAUGUGGCCAGCCAGGUGGCUCUGUACACUUUCUUCCAUCGGGCCAACAAGUGGGAGAAGACUGAUGUGGAAGGAACCUUAUUUGUUUAUACAAGGUCUGCCUCUCCAAAGCACGGAUUCACCAUAAUGAAUAGGCUCAGCAUGGAGAACAGAACAGAACCCAUUACUAAAGACCUGGACCUCCAGCUCCAGGACCCUUUCCUUCUCUACAGAAAUGCCACAUUGUCCAUUUAUGGAAUUUGGUUUUAUGAUAAGGAAGAGUGCCAAAGAAUUGCAAAAUUGAUGAAAAACCUCACUCAGUGCGAACAGGCCUGUCAUGGCGCUGGAGCAGGAUCCUCCCCAGUGAGCCUGAGUUCAGGAGAGGGUAGAGAAGUAGAUAUCUUACAGAUGCUCACAAAGGCCAAGGAUGAGUACACAAAGUGUAAGAGUUGUUCUGAGCCAAAACAGAUGACCAGCUCUUCUGCCAUCUGUGACAACCCCAAGCUUAUCAAGCCUGUGCCCGUGAGACCCAGUAGCAGCCAGAGGCUGCAAGAGCCCCCACCCAACAAGACCUCGGACCCUGAGCCCCAACACUUAUCUUUGACAGCUCUGUUUGGGAAACAAGACAAAGCUCCCUGUCACGAAACUCUGAAACCUUCCCAGACCUUCGUCCACCACCAUCACCACCACCUCCACCACCACCAGCAUCAGCAGCAAGAACAGCUUCUAGUUCAUCAAGGAGUCACAUGCUCCCUGCCCUGUGAAGAGCCCAGAAAGCUCUCACUCCCUGUGGAGAAGCAGCUAUGCCCAGCCAUUCAGAAACUCAUGGUCGGGAACACAGGGCUGCACCUGCUGCCACAGCACCCUGAGCAGUGGCCCUGUGAACGUGGCAGCCCCAGUUGUGUGGGGGGAGUUCCUCCUGGUCCUGUCCAGCUGGGGUCCCCCUGGAACGGUAGGACUGCCUGCUGUGCACAGAGCACUGCCCGCUGUGCCCAGAGCACUUGCAGAAACCACAAGCUACUAGAGCAGCUUCAAGGUGCCUCUGGGGUAGCACACAAGUGUAAGCCCUGUGCAUCUGCCAGGCUGCCUGCAGCCGCUCAGGUGACUCCGGGCCAAAAUGCAGCCCAGACACAGCUGGUGUACUUCGGCGGUCACCUUCCUCCUCCCACACCGGGACAUGAAGCUCUCAGGAAGGAGCAGUGUGCACUGUCAGCACACGCGCUGCCCUUCUCUGGCAGCCAGGAGAGCAGCCCCAGUGUGCUCCCCACUCAGGAGCUGCUGAGAAAGCUCCAGGCUGUACAUCAGGAGCAGCAGCUCCAGGCAGUCCCCCGGCCAGCCUUAGCAGCCAGGUUCCCUUUGUCAGCCCAGGGCUCAGGGACAGAAAAGCCCUUGGAAGCCUGGGCCAGUAAGACAUCCAGCAUGGAGAAACAGGCUCCUCUUCUGCAGAUCACCUCAGCUCAGUGUGUCCCUGCUCCAGUGGCUUCUCUGCUGAUGCCCCCUGUGGUUUUCACACAGUCUACCUGUGCCCCACUGAGGGAGACUGAAUCCGGGGUCAUGCCCCUAGGAGGCCAAGAACUUCCUGCUGCCUCCUCCAGCCUCCUUCUGCCCCUACAGAACUGGGAAUCCUCCACCGUGGCCAGCAGGCCCCUCACCAGGCUGCAGCUCCAGGAGGCACUGCUGAACCUCAUCCAGAACGAUGACAGCUUCUUAAGCAUAAUCUAUGACGCCUAUCUCUUCAGUGUGACACAAGCGGCCAUGAGGAAAGCCACGUAACCAAAGACCGUGAGGGUGGACUCUCUAGGUCCUUCCUGUGAACUGGUGGGACCAAACAUGUUUCUUCCUUUUUAACAAAGUAUAGUAAUACAAAGUAAAAUGUUUUUGUACUGUCGAAUAUCUUAGGGGUUUUUUGUUCCUUGUAUUUGAAGAAUCCCAUCUUCCUGUAUACAAAUUGAGUGGGUAGAUGAUUCGAGCUCAGUUCAUAUAAGAUCGAAUUUUUCCUACAUUUAUGAAGCCAUUUUAAGAAGAAUUGGGCUCUUCAUAAGAGGGGAUGUUCUCAGAGCCGUUUAUUAAUAGCUCACGCUAAAGAGAGCAAUUUCCUGGUGUUGAGCUCUGUGUGCCAUGGUGCUCAAUAACCACCAGGGGGCAAUAUUACCCCACAAGUCAUCUACUAAGGGUUUCAUUAGCUCUUAGAAGCAAUGAUGACUUUAACAAAGUCAGCCUUUCAUUUGUAAAGCUCCAUUCGGUGUGUUUCAUCUGGGCCUUUGGAGAAAGACUCUUUCUGAAGGCGUUUCUGGCCAGUGUCCAUCUAGGAGCUGUCACAAGAGGCCCAAGACAUGAAGCGACACUCACAUUUCUCAAUGGCCCUGACAGCAGGACCGGCUGCUCUUGCUUUUAAACAGACACUCAACUCACAUUUAGAAACCGUGCUGAAGGGGAGCUCGCAUGAGAAUAGGUAGUGACUGUUUGUGGGCAGAAGGUCAACGAUUCUCCGAGCUCUGUGGAGUCCUCUGCUAUGUCCUGUGCAGAGAUUAGAAGCACAAUCCUGGAGAAAGGCAGAAGAGCCUGGCAGUCCCCGAAGGGUGGGCGAGCGUGGAAAUUGACCCCUGCUGAAUAUGCACAAUGAAUAAAGCUUCAUGUUUUUACCGCCUUAGAUAUUCCUGGAUCGUAAAAAGAUCUUUGGGUUAGUACUUCCUAGAAGAACCUUAUUCUUUCUAUGGAGAGUUUAAAAUGGAGGCCGGGAUGGGGGUGCAGGUUUCCUUCCAGCUUCUGAUGCCCAGACCAGGACCAGAAGCCUUUGGGCUUUGUUCAUUUGUCCUAGCAGCAGGGGACACGACCUGUCCUGUAGGAGGGUAGGCAGGCUUUCCCCUAAGGAAGAGUGGCGUACUGAGGAGGAGCUGCCCUCUCUCUGGCCUUGCUGUGCUGUGCUUUGUCCCACAUCUGCUGCGUCAGCCUCUGGAAGGGAUGCUCCUGUAUGUCAUCCCACACUGCUGGGGGCCCAUAGAAAUCUCGCAAACACUCACCAGUGAUUAUACCUGCCUCCACAGUCUCAUAAGGAGAAGGAAGCCAGAGAGACGUCUGUGCUUCUGUGGUCCUAAGUCAGUAAAAACAGCAUCACUUUGGUAACAUGUCUACUAAAAUUGGAGCAAUAUUAGGCUGGGAAUAUGGCCCUAUGGAGAACACUUGCCUACAUAAGGUUCUGGGCUCAAUCCCUAGCACUUAAAGAAAACAAACAGGCAAAAAAAAAAAAAAUGGCCAAUGACAGUGACCAGUCUUUAAAAAUGUGGCUUGAUGAUAAAAGUAAACAAAAUAAAAUCAUGGAGAACGUUUUAACAUUCUAUAAUUGCAUGUUUAAAAAUGCUUCUGCAGCCAGGAAAGAUGAAUUUCAUUGCUAACAUUUCUGUUGUAUUUGUGUCAAUGAGUAGCUUUAUUUAAUGAAAUUGUUUCCCUUUCUUCACAUGAAUGAGUAAAACUGUAGCAGCAGCAGCUGCUGCCCUUGGCAGAGCAAGCCACGAUGGGAGGUCAGAGGGCAUGCAGUCUUUUUAGACCAAUGCUACAGGCGUCUGUUUCGACAAAAUGGUGCGUUCUCCAUUGUCCACUGUUCUAAGUCAUCUUAAAAGCAACAAGCCAAUUCCUUUAGACCAAAGACCUGCAGAACAGUCAGGAUGGGUGCUUCCCUCCUUACCUCAGCAGGCCAGAGUUGCCUUCUACUCCGUGGACAGAGGAAGAAACAGAUUAGAAUGGUUUUCUAGGCACCCAGGACUGAACUUCCUGUGUAAAUUAACAUUUCCUCUUCCCACGCGCCUCCUGAACCCAAAUUCAGCUUCCACUUCAUGGUCUCUGCCCCAGCAGCUGUUUUGACCUCCUUGGGUUUCAGGUAGAGCCUGGAAUGCUGUGGCUAAGGCAGCUUCAUCCGGUGCGGUGGGUGUCACCCUGCAGAGCCAGGGGAGUCAGGUGGCCGGGAGUGGAAGGUGGAGCAUGAGUGGAGACCCUUGGCCCUGCCUUCAGCUCCUGGACAAGGCUCUUUAUGAGACCCCUUAUUCAUGAAUUAGAGACCUCACGGAGUCCCGAAGACUAAAAAGUCAUGGUCCAGGGCUACAUGACAGUCAUUGGGAGGGCCCACAGCUGCUGUGGGCGGGGGCUCUUACCAUUGCCCUGACAGCAUGUGCCUGAGGGCCACCUUGCUGUGUCCCCCUACUUUACUGAUGCGGUGGAAGCAGUCUUGCCCCUUCUUUAUGAAGGAACUCGUGAACCGCAGCGCUGAUGCCACUGUAUUCCUGUGCGCGCCCCUGGCUUGUUAAGUUCCUGUCAUUGUGACAGCAAGCCUGAGAUGAAUCCGCUUGAAGGAUAAAUGUUUUCCUUUGGGACACGGUUCCAAGGGUUUCAGUGUGUGGCCGGUUGGCUCUGUUGAUGUGAGAUCUCUUGAUGAGAGGUAGAAAGCCAAGGUGGAACAAAGCUUUUACCUUGUGGCAGCCGGGAAGCAAAGAGGAAGAGGAGGUCUGUGCUGGCCAGAUCUGUGUCACCUUCACACAAGCUGGAGUCAUCACAGAAGAGGAAACCCCAGUUCAGAAAAGGGCUCCCUGAGAUAGGGCUGUAAGCCUCGGGGAGGACCGAGCCCAUUGUGGGUGGUGCCAUCCCUGAGCUAGUGGUUCUGGGUUCCGGAAGGAAGUAGGCUGAAUGAGCCAUGUGGAACAAGGCAGUAAGCAGCACCCCUCCGUGGCCUCUGCAUCAGCUCCUGCCCCCAGGUUCUGGCCCUGCUUGAGUUCCUGUCUUGGCUUUCUUCAGUGAUGAGCUAUGAUGUAGAAAUGUACACCAAAUAAACU